AUGAUUGAUAUGGCUAAACAGGAAAGUCCUUUAAACACAGUAACCUACAUGAGCGGUUUAGAAAAUGUACGCACGUCAGGUGGACAACGUUAUUUCAAAACUGAUCCGUGCUCUAUGACCCCAUUGUCUCAGGACUCACAUGAAUCUGGUUUAGUGAAUGGGAAACUUCACGGCUUGCAUUCUCCACCUCCAAACAAGGAUGCUGCGGAUUAUGUUGAUUCGUCCGUGCAAUUUUCCUCACCACGAGGAGUACCAGUAGCAUCGUUUGAUAGGGUAAAUUCAACAACAACCUCUUUUCCCUCGGAACACAAUUUUGCCAUGUUCAACUAUUCCCACUCAUGGAUGAACAAACUUUCCGCUGUGAGUUCGAAUCCGAUCGAGAGUACCAGUCCGCUCAAUCGCACGGAAUUUCCAUACCCUCCUGAUCAAACAGCUACAUACAUACCCUCAUCCAACUAUGCCCAUUCAAGAGAUAGUUGCGAGUUUGAACGGACAGAACAAACUAGUUUUGAGAACCUCACUCGUACGUGCAGCCCAAGAACGGAUCCUACCAAUGUGAACGGUACUCGCCGUCCAGAUCAGACUCUAGCUGAACUCACCCCGGCCCUAUCUGAUGCAACCAAUAACAGCACUCCACAUGAUUCUCUUCAGGACACGAAUGACGGACUCGAUGCUCCACCAAUCGCUCAACCCCAAUCGUUUCAUACAGCGUAUCAGACAAACCCCGGGGAGAACACUCCCUUCAAACGAGAAUCCGAUACCGAGGGAUCAACUACAUUGAUCCCUAAUCGCACUGUGUUUCAUCGGAGCUUAGCCGAUACGAAAACGAACCCCUAUGAAAUGAAAUCGCACGAGUUGGAUGAUGUAGAUCGAACCGAUGAAGAAGAGGAAGAGGAUUUAGACUACGCCGAUUCGGACAGCGAGGCGAGUUGCGAUCGGGCAAUGGAUUCACGUCACGUUGCAAACGUAGGCAAUACAUACGAUCAUUGUGUCUCAUCACGACUGUUUAAUCCGUCCAAACGACGAUCCGAAAUGAAUGAUGGCUUAUUCCAGACUCAUCCGCAUUACGGUUCCAUGUUGUCUCAUAGUGACAAAGAAAGUGUGCUUGAUUCGGAGUUAAACUCGAGCACCGGUGGAGGAGGUGGAGGAGAUGGUGGAAAUAAAACGUGCAUAAUGUCUGGCAAAGUGAGUUUGUUGUUCAAUGCUAUGCAGUAUUUCUAA